GUCAAAAUGUCAGAUAAAAGUGAUUUAAAAGCGGAACUUGAGCGCAAAAAGCAGCGUUUGGCCCAGAUAAGAGAAGAGAAGAAACGAAAGGAAGAAGAGAGGAAGAAGAAAGAGGCUGAUCUACAGCAAAAGAAAGAGCCAGCUCAUGAAGAUUCUGACCUAGACCGCAAAAGAAGAGAGACAGAAGCUUUGUUACAGAGCAUCGGUAUAUCCCCAGAACCACCUCUAGUGCAGUCGCUGCAUGUGUUAACAUGGGAUACCUGUUAUUUUCAUUAUUUAGUCCCAACCCCUAUGUCUCCCUCUUCGAAAUCAGUGAGCACACCCAGUGAUGCAGGCAGCCAGGACUCUGGAGACCUGGGACCCAUGGGAAGGACCUUGCAAUGGGACACAGACCCCUCAGUGCUGCAGCUCCAGUCUGACUCUGAACUUGGACGCAGACUGCACAAACUAGGGGUGUCAAAGAUUACCCAGGUUGAUUUCUUACCUCGGGAGGUGGUGUCCUACUCCAAGGAGACCCAGACACCUCUUGCUACACACCAGUCUGAAGAUGAUGAAGAUGAUGAAGAGAUGGUGGAACCAAAAGUGCAAGAUGACUUGGAGUUGGAAAAUCAAGACCAGAAGCAGGAAGUGAAAGAAGCUCCUCCUCGAGAAUUGACAGAAGAAGAAAAACAGCAAGUUCUCCAUUCAGAAGAAUUCCUGAUAUUUUUUGACCGGACAAUACGUGUAAUUGAGCGGGCUUUGGCUGAAGAUUCAGACAUAUUCUUUGACUACAGUGGCAGAGAUGUAGAAGAGAAAGAUGGAGAUGUUCAAGCAGGAGCCAACCUCUCCUUCAAUCGUCAAUUUUAUGAUGAGCACUGGUCGAAGCAUCGUGUGGUCACCUGCAUGGAUUGGUCUCUGCAGUACCCUGAAUUGAUGGUUGCUUCUUAUAACAAUAACGAAGAUGCUCCCCAUGAGCCCGAUGGCGUGGCCUUGGUUUGGAACAUGAAAUUCAAGAAAACUACCCCAGAAUAUGUUUUCCAUUGUCAGUCCUCUGUGAUGUCCGUCUGUUUUGCCCGCUUUCACCCAAACCUGGUUGUUGGUGGCACAUACUCUGGCCAGAUUGUCUUGUGGGAUAAUCGCAGUCACAGGCGGACUCCAGUUCAGCGAACUCCCUUGUCUGCAGCUGCUCACACGCAUCCUGUGUAUUGUGUCAACGUCGUUGGAACACAGAACGCGCACAACCUCAUCACCGUCUCUACGGACGGCAAAAUGUGCUCCUGGAGCCUGGAUAUGCUCUCAACUCCACAGGAGAGCAUGGAGCUGAUGUUCAAUAAAUCCAAACCAGUGGCGGUUACAGGAAUGGCUUUCCCAACUGGAGAUGUCAAUAACUUUGUGGUUGGCAGCGAAGAGGGCACAGUCUACACAGCUUGUCGUCAUGGAAGUAAAGCUGGCAUUGGUGAAAUUUUUGAAGGCCACCAGGGACCUGUCACGGGAAUCAAUUGUCACAUGGCAGUGGGUCCAAUUGACUUUUCCCAUCUCUUUGUCACAUCAUCGUUCGACUGGACGGUCAAAUUAUGGACUACAAAGCACAACAAGCCGCUCUACUCCUUUGAAGACAACGCCGACUAUGUCUACGACGUCAUGUGGUCGCCCGUGCACCCCGCGCUCUUCGCCUGCGUCGACGGCAUGGGGCGCCUGGACCUCUGGAACCUCAACAACGACACCGAGGUUCCCACAGCCAGCGUGACAAUCGAAGGAGCUUCUGCCCUCAACCGUGUCCGCUGGGCACAGGCUGGGAAGGAGGUGGCGGUUGGUGAUUCGGAAGGCCGCAUAUGGAUCUAUGAUGUUGGAGAGCUCGCUGUCCCGCACAACGACGAGUGGAGUCGCUUCGCCCGCACCCUGGUGGAGAUCCGCGCCAACCGGGCCGACAGCGAGGAGGAAGGAGCGGGGGAGCUGCCGGCCUAGAGG